AUGAAGUUCCUAUCCACCGGACCCCAAGAGUCCAAACGUACCCGCAAACUCAAAGACGAAGCAGCCUUUACACUUUACCUCUCAUCCCUGCCUCCCACAGCUCACUCGCCCUACCCCUCAUUCGCAUCCUUCGCAAAGCACCAACCACAACUCUCAAAAUGGUGUCGGGACCGCGCAGAAUAUGAAUAUUCCACCUCGAGCGACAGGGAUCGCAAAGAGAGUUCUGAGGACCGGUAUUGGCGUCGACGGGAAGCGCUGAAGGAGUUCAUGAUGAGGCAAAAGAUGGAGGAGGAGGAGAAGAGACAGAGAGAAGAGUAUGAGGAGGAGGAGAGGCGACGGAGAAAGAUGUGGGUUGAAAGGGAGAUGUCGCGACGGGGGUUGGUUGGGAGAAUCGGGUUCGCGGGGAAGGAGUGGUGUCGGGGGAGGAAAGUAUGUUGUUUUAUGUUGCGAUAGGGAGAACUUGUUUGA